GACAGUAUUCAAAUAUAAAACAAUAGAAAUACAUGCAGUUCCUGAUUUAAAUAUACAAACAAUUAUAUUUCUUAUUUUGAAAAAUUGUAAUCUCACUCAAAUGGAUCCGGCUUAUGAGCAACGUUUAUUCAGACAAGUUAAUGGAAUUAAAACUCCAACAAAAAGUCCAAUUUCUUCACCAUUUGGAAAAAGUCCUGGGCAGGUAACGCCUACCAAGCGAUUGCAAGAUGCUGGGUUAGACAGAUUUAUUCCUAGUCGAGCUGUGGUUAACUUAAGUAAAGGAUUUCUUUCAACGCCUCCAAAUGAAAAUGUGGAUCCUGCAUUAUUAUCUGGAACAAAAGACCACGUUCCCUGUUCAGAAAAUAAAGAAUUUCUUCUCUAUAAUUCACUUCUUCGAAAUGAACUCUUAAGAGACGAGAUCGAAACUCUCAACGAUGAAAAUGAUGAACGCCAUCCAUUAUCUACUCCCAAGCAUGUGCGCUCACUGUUUAAAAGUCGAGCUCCUAAUAAACGCAAAUAUUUACUUGAUUCAAUUGAUAUCUCAUCCCCCUACACUAUAUCUCCAAUUGGAACCAACAGCCACAGACUUCUACGAUCUCCUAAAAAGGCAGUUCGCCAAAUACCAAAAGUUCCUUAUAAGGUUCUUGAUGCACCUGAUUUACAAGAUGAUUUUUACUUGAAUUUGGUUGACUGGUCAUGUCAAAAUAUUUUAAGUGUUGGGUUGGGAUCUUGUGUGUAUCUUUGGAGUGCUUAUACCAGUCAGGUGACUAAGUUGUGUGAUCUAUCAUCUGAAGGCGAUCCUGUUACUUCUGUUGCUUGGAAUGAUAAGGGAAAUCAUUUGGCUGUUGGUACACACAAAGGGUACAUUCAAAUUUGGGAUAUUGCUGUUUCAAAACGAAUCCAGGUGUUGCAAGGUCACACAACAAGAGUUGGAUCAUUAGCAUGGAAUAGUGAUAUCCUUUGUUCAGGUAGUAGAGACCGGAAUAUUAUUCAACGUGAUGUCAGAUGUCCAACAACAUCUGAAAAACGAUUGAUUGGUCAUCGUCAAGAGGUUUGUGGUUUAAAGUGGUCACCUGACAAGCAACUGUUGGCAUCUGGUGGAAAUGAUAAUAAAUUACUUGUUUGGAAUCAAUCUUUGACAACUCCUUUCCAACAGUAUAAUGAUCACACUGCUGCUGUAAAAGCUAUUGCUUGGUCACCCCAUCAACAUGGUUUGUUAGCCAGCGGAGGAGGAACACAAGAUAAGACAAUUCGAUUUUGGAAUACAUUAAAUACUCAACAGCUGCAAUGUGUAGAUACUGGUUCCCAGGUUUGCAACUUGGCUUGGUCCAAGCAUUCAAAUGAGUUGGUGAGUACCCACGGCUAUUCACAAAAUCAAGUUCUGGUGUGGAGAUAUCCAAGCUUGACCCAAGUCGCAAAGCUUACUGGUCACACAUUUCGAGUUUUGUACUUGUCUAUGUCUCCGGAUGGAGAGUCAGUAGUUACUGGCGCUGGCGAUGAAACAUUGCGUUUUUGGAAUACGUUCAGCAAGAGCCAUACGCAUAAGGAGUCAAGGUCGGAACUUAAUUUAUUUUCGCACAUUCGUUGAAUUUUUAAAUUUAUAGCUAUAUGUAUAUAAAAAAUCCAGAUACCAAAUAUUAAAUUAUUAUAUAUAGUACUAAUUUAUAUGCGCAAAGCGAUUUAAACUUUUUUUUCUACUUUUUGU